GCUACGGCGAUGCAACAUAUGUCGGGCGAUUCUGCGUCGUUUUCUCUAAAACAUAAAAUGAUGCGUCAUUUUGUUGCAUUUUCACUACUGCUAUUCUUUUUGAAAAUCUCAGUCGAGGCGACUAAGUUCGUGCCGAACUAUAAACUUUGCUCCCGUUUCGGUGAUUCUGCAUGCAGAGCACGUUGCUUGAAACGACUGAAUUGCCAAAACGGACACUGCAAAGGACAAAAGCUAGAAUUCAAGAACGGAGCAGUUGUUUUCCCCCCAUGUGUCUGUGAGGAUUGUCCCGGUGGUCAAAAGACGAAGAAGCUGCCUAGCAUAUAUUAAUAUUCGUAUUUUGCGCAGAACACCAGUAUGAAGUUAUUAUGAUGCAAGUUAUUCAAUGUUUCCACCACACAAUGAUAUUAUUCAAGUUAUCAGCA